ACCUCCAUUGUUGCGGCCCCUUAAAUAACUUCUCUGGUGGUCUGUAGGAGAACAGAAAGUGAUCGAAUAGGAAUAAACCUUACUGGACUUUCAACAUAUCGACUAAAGCUAGCGCUAGAGGCAGAUUUAGUCUUGGACCGUAACUGGUGUUUGCGCCGGAGAAUUGAAUUUCACAGACUGAGGAACCAUUUAACACGUAUUGCAUCUGACGCGUUUCCAUGGCGGCAGCUGUUUAUAGCGUGACCGGGAUACGUAAACAGAUGUCAGAGGGGAGCGCUGUUGUUCACGUUUCCCGGUUAACCACAGGACAGGUUAUAGCUACUGUAGCGGCAUCGCUGUAAAUUAGACAGAUAUAUCUUCAUAAAAUCAACGGUUCAAGAUGAUGUCGAUUCCAGAAGACCCAAAGCUGGCGGCUGCGAGAGAAAGGAAAAGAAUGAUAGAAGAGGAAAGGAGGGCACGCAUAUUCAAUGCGAGAAAGAGACUGAUUGGCAUUGAUGAGGAGGCUUUGGAGAAGCAACUGGCUGAGAUGAAGGAGCGCAGAGAGGCGGAGAAGAGGGAGAAGGAGGCGUUCGAGCGGCAGUGCCUGCACCAUGCCCAGGUUGGAAUGCUCAUCGAGAGGAAUAUCGAAAGGGAGCGGCGCAGGCUGAGCGAGGAGAUCAACAAGUUCCGCGCCGAGCAGCAGCGGCCCGAGACGCGCCGCGAGUUCGACCUUUACGACCCGGAGGCGCUGAAGAAGGCGCGCCUGCCCUGCCAGGACGACGCCGAGCCCUGCGGACUCGCCUGCGCCCAGAGGUUCGCGGGCGAGGACGAGGGCGGUCCGGCGCGGCGGCGCCAGCAGAAGCUGCAGCAGCGCGCGUGGCUGGAGCAGCAGAGGGAGGAGGCGCGAGCGGCAGAGGCGGCGCGCCGCGAAGCCGAGCGCCGCUACGCAGAGGCCUCGCGCAACCGCGACGCUCUCGCCACCGACCUGGGCAGCCUCGAGGAGCGCCUGCGCCGCCAGCUGGAUGCCGCCACCGCCAGAUACAACAGGGCGCUGGCGGAGGAGCAGGAAGAAGAGCGCCGGAGGAACCAGCAGCGUGAGCAGGAGGACAACAUGGCGGACAUCCAGAACUGCCUCAACAGCGACCUGCUCACAGAGAACCCCGACGUAGCCGCCAGCAACCUCGGCCCCGAGCGCAAAGUCGGCUCCAAGUUCCGCGGUAUGAGCGCUGAGCAGAAGCGCGCAUUCAUCGAGGGGCAGCACCAGCAGAGAGAGGAGAGGAAGUUGCAUAGGGAGGCAGAAGCUCGACGAAAGCAAGAGUGGGAUGAAAUGAUAAUGUCAACUACAAGACAUGCAGAAAUGAUGAGCAGAGACAGAAUACGCAAACAGAAGGAACUUGACCGACAACUUUUAGAGCAAAACAAAUUGCUUGCUGAAGAACAAAAAGCACAUCAACAAUAUCUACAAAAAUUUGUCUUCACAAAUGAGCUGUCUGAAGAAUACUACAAUCAGUUCAAUAGAUCUACACGGUAAAUUUAAACCGAUUUAUGUAAAGUUUCAUGCUCUGUAUGAAUGACUGCUUGUGAAUUUUGUGCCGAGUGCUUUCGUGACCAGUGUGCAUAUAGACGAUACAGUUGUUCUCCAUGGGGCUAUCAUUUUCAAUUUAUGUUGUAAUCAGUAAUAAAAUUCUAAUAAAUUUAUGUAUGUUCACUUUAAA